AUGUUGUACAUUGACAGAGACUUCCCUCACAGACCUCCCUCACAGACCUCCCUCACAGACCUCCCUCACAGGCCUCCCUCACAGACCUCCCUCACAGACCUCCCUCACAGACCUCCCUCACUGACCUCCCUCACAGACCUCCCUCACAGACCUCCCUCACAGACCUCCCUCACAGACCUCCCUCACAGACCUCCCUCACAGACCUCCCUCACUGACCUCCCUCUCAGACCUCCCUCACAGACUUCCCUCACAGACCUCCCUCACAGACCUCCCUCACAGACCUCCCUCACAGACCUCCCUCACAGGCCUCCCUCACAGACUUCCCUCACAGACCUCCCUCACAGACCUCCCUCACAGACCUCCCUCACUGACCUCCCUCUCAGACCUCCCUCACAGACCUCCCUCACAGACUUCCCUCACAGACCUCCCUCACAGACCUCCCUCACAGACCUCCCUCACAGACCUCCCUCUCAGACCUCCCUCACAGACUUCCCUCACAGACCUCCCUCACAGACCUCCCUCACAGACCUCCCUCACAGACCUCCCUCUCAGACUUCCCUCACAGACCUCCCUCACCGACCUCCCUCACAGACCUCCCACACGACCUCCCUCACAGACCUCCCUCACAGACCUCCCUCACAGACCUCCCUCACGACCUCCCUCACAGACCUCCCUCAGACCUCCCUCACAGACCUCCCUCACAGACCUCCCUCACAGACCUCCCUCACAGACCUCCCUCACAGACCUCCCUCACAGACCUCCCUCACAGACCUCCCUCACAGACCUCCCUCACAGACCUCCCUCUCAGACCUCCCUCACAGACCUCCCUCACAGACCUCCCUCACAGACCUCCCUCACAGACCUCCCUCACAGACCUCCCUCACAGACCUCCCUCACGACCUCCCUCACAGACCUCCCUCACAGACCUCCCUCACAGACCUCCCUCACAGACCUCCCUCACAGACCUCCCUCACAGACCUCCCUCACAGACCUCCCUCUCAGACCUCCCUCACAGACCUCCCUCACAGACCUCCCUCACAGACCUCCCUCACUGACCUCCCUCUCAGACCUCCCUCACAGACCUCCCUCACAGACCUCCCUCUCAGACCUCCCUCACUGACCUCCCUCACAGACUUCCCUCACAGACCUCCCUCACAGACCUCCCUCACAGACCUCCCUCACAGACCUCCCUCACAGACCUCCCUCUCAGACCUCCCUCACAGACCUCCCUCACAGACCUCCCUCACAGACCUCCCUCACUGA